GCUUCUCUCCGACCGUCAUGCAUAUUCCCCCCAGCUAAUGACCCAGCCCAAGCCCUCUUUGCCCCCAAAGCCUCUUCCAGCAUACAUGUGCCCCUCCGAAAAUACAACUGACAUUUUCAUAUCCAAACCAGUGCAAGCCAGCUGUGUAUAUGCAAGAGGCUACGCUGAGCAGCAGGUUGCUUCCACGUUCAAAAUCUUUGAGACCGCAGUGCACAAGAAUAAGGUGAAGCAGGAGACACUGGGAACGACCAGAAACCAGCCAGCUAUGCAGGAUGAGGACCUCGAGGUUCAGCUGGCCCACAAGGAGAAGGAGUGCAAGGAGCUGCAGGGCCGGUGGAUCCAGCAGCUGGAGGGUGCGUUGCGGGACACCAGAGCACAGCUCUCCGCUGAGAGGGCACGCUUCCUGCAACUCAGGGAGGACUUCCUGUACAACCUGCGGGUGUUGGAGGAGCGCGACCACCAACUGGACCAUUACGACGCCAUGGCAGCCCGGCUUGGCAGCUCCGAAAACGCCCGGAGGGCCGAAAUCAGCGAGCUACGCAUCCAGAUCGACAAGCUGCAGGAGGCCGUGGCCACCGAGGCCCGGGUUCGAGAGGAGCUGCAGCUGCAGCACAAGCAGAAGCUGGCUGAGCACCAGCUUCGGCUGGAGAGAGUGCAGAGCAUGAAGGAUCGUGAAAUCGAGAGGCACAGGGAAGAGUACGAGGUACUGAAGCGUGAACUGGAACGAAGGAUCCAGGAGGUCCAGGGGGAGCUGGCCCUGCAGAAACAGGAACUUAUAAUGGAAUUUGACAAUGAGCUGAAGCGCAGGGAGCGUGAGUUCAGCCUGAGGAGGGAUGAGAUGAGCAGUGCGGUCUACUCCCACGAGCUCAAGGUUGGUCUCCUGAGCCGAGAGGUGGAGGCACACGCCCAGGCCCAAAAACAGACAGAAGAGGCCCUGAAGGAGUGUCAGGGGUCAUUCCAGGACGCCCGCCGGGACCUCCAGCACAAGGAGAGGGAGAUGGAGGAUGUCUGUGCUGUCAAGGAUGCACGGAUAAAGGAGCUGGAGGACAGGCUGAGUGCCGCUGAGGUAUAUCGCAAGAAGGAGGAGGAAGUGUACAACAGGAAGCAUGAGGAGCUGGACCGGCGCGUGCGGCAGCGCGAGGCCGCCGUGGCAUCCCUGAGGGACGUGCGCUGCGAGCAGCUCCGCCGGGCGGAGGCACGGGCCCAGGAGAUGCAGGCGGGGCUGGACACAGCGCUGGAGGACAAGCGGCGGGCAGAGAGCGACCAUGCCGAGCUCCUCGGGGACAGGGACGCACAGCUGGCAGAACUCCGCGCAGAGCUGGACGCCGGCCGAGCGGCAUGGGAAGCUCACGUCAAGCAGACGGCCAAGGAGAAGGUGUCCAGGGACCUGGAGCUGCAGUCGCUGGGCGAGCGGGAGGCCAAGCUGAGGGCCGAGCUGCAGAAGCGCACGGAGGAUGUGGAAAGGUACCGGCUGCAGCUGUGCGAGGGGGUGCAGCGAGAGCAGGACCUGGAGCGCGCACGUCUGCAAGCCGAGCUGGACUGGCAGCGCCGCAUGGAGGAUGCCAAGACGCUGCAGUACCAACAGAAUGAGGAGCUUGUGAAGGGCCUGAUGCAGGCCCGUGACCAGGUCACGGCGGAGCUGCGCGAGAAGGAGCGGGAGUUACAGGAGAUGGCGGCCCUCUUGCGCAGCGUCACCGCGGAGAGGGAGCAGGCCCACCGCGGGACGCCAGGGACGCAGGCUGCUGCUGGCGUGGACGCUCACGGUCCUGCGGACGGUGCCGGCCGCUUCCCCUCCGAGGAGAUCCAGCGUCUGCAGCAGCAGAAUAGCAGUCUGCGCGCUGCCAUCGCCCAGAUGAGGAAGGACAUGGAGAACCUGAGCGAGAAGCUCCCCACAGAGCCCCCCCCCGCGGGCACUGGCGAGGGCAGCCCGGAGUACAGUCAGGCUCUGGAGGAGGAGGUGCGGGAGCUGAAGACCCGCUGCCGGCGCCUGGAGGAGCAGCUGGAGGAGGCCCUCAAAAGCUCCGGUCCCACCGCCGCCAGCCCCGCACCCGUUCCAGCUCUCCCUGUCUCCGCUGACAACGCUUACCUCCAAAAUCACAUCCGCUGCCUCAACGAAACAAUCGGUGGGCUGCGAGUAGAAAAAGUGUCCAGUGCUGCUGCCUUGAGAAAACUGGAAGUGAGGGUGGCGCACCUGGAGUCUUCCCUGUCCCGGGUCACACAGCAGCUCCAUUCAAAGCAGGUGGAGUGUGAUGAGUUGCACUUUGAUUUAGCCAAUCAAAAGAAGCGAGUAGCUGCAGAAGAGGCGGGGCUGCGACAGAGAUUGGCUGCUGUGGAAAUGGAGCUGGAUGAGGUUAAGCGGGAGGCCGAGGAGUACCAGAGGGGCAGCCUGCUGCAGAACCUGGAGGCUGUAGCCCUGGGCAACCAGGUUUCCGCCCUCAAGCUGGAUAUCGCAAGCCGACGAGAGCCCAUUGUUGUUGAACAGAGCACAGUGCUGCAGGAGCUCCAGAAGGAGAACCUGCACCUGAGGCAGCAGCUGUUGGGGCGGGGGAGCGAGGAUGUGGUUGCCAUGGAGACCUGGGCUGGCGCCAGCCCCGCCCAGCUGCAGGCCAAGCUAAAGAAGGCAGUGCGGUGCAUCUCCCAGCUGAGCCAGGACAAGCAGAGGCUCAUCGAGAUGGGGAACCGGCUGAGGGGGCAGCUCGUCGCAGCCGGUCUCCACGGUUACACCCGCAACUUUAUUGACAAGUUUGCUCAGCCCCCUGGUCCCGCUAACAGACCCGACCCGGUUCCUGAGGUCUACACCCCGGAGCAGCAGCAGAAUCCCCUGUCUGCUCUGGAGCAGCUACAGUAUAAGCUCACCAAGCAGGAUCUGCAGUACGCACAGCAAGAGGAUUUUACGAAGACCCCUGUAAGAGCAAUGGUGCGCCUGUCUGAGUCCGACAGCAGGGGCCGGGAUGAGGGCGUCCGUGUCGGCCAGCAGCGUUCCAGGGCAGAGAAGGAGAAUGCGCUCCCUGAAAGACUCAGGCACUCUCCCGGGGCGCCCCGGGCCCUCAUGUCCUCCCUGGGCACAGACAGCUCCCUGCAGGACGUCUGGCACAUGCUGGAGGUGGCCUCCAGCCUUUCGGGCCUCACCCCCGGGGAUGGCGCUGACGGAGGGGCGGACUCCGAGCGAGCCGGAGGAGGCAGACCAGGCCCAGCACACAGGGUAUCUCUCCAGGGUACAAAGAUACCUGUUCAGGAGAGGAAGAAAAUGACAAGGGCAGCUGGCAAGCCCAGCAUGAAGGCCAAAAGUCAUGGGAAGGCUUCUGGUAUAAGAAACUACAACAUCAAAGACUGAAAAGCAUCUGUAUUUUUAUAUGCUGGGAUGAAAAGUUAAUUUAAUGUAAUAUAACUCAUUUUUUAUGGUAAAUUGGAAACACAGAAACACACACACAC